GCAUCCCUCCCAGCUUCCUUCCCUCUUUCCAUCCCUCCUUCCAUCCCUCCCUGCCGCUCCAUGCCGGGCUCGGCGCGGAGCCGGAGCCGCGCUCCGUCCGGCAGGGUCCGGCAUGUCCGAGCGGCGUGAGGCGGGCACGGGCAGCUGGCCCCCGCCGGGGCCGAGCCGAGCCCCUUCCCGCCGGCCCGGGGCUCGGCAAGGCGCUGCAGAGCCGGGCUCGCCGGCGGAGAGGCGGAAAGGGAGCGGGGAUGGCGCUGGAGCGGAGCUGAGCAGCCUCGGGGGGCCAGAGGGAGCGUCUGCCUCGGGCUGAGCUGCAUCCUGGCAUCCCGGGGCUGAUCCUGGAAUCCUUGGACUGAUCCUGGCAUCCUGGGGCUGAUCCUGCCAUCCUUGGACUGAUCUCGGAAUUUUGGGCUUCUCUGAGAAUCCUUGGGCUGCUCCCGAAUCUUGGCUGCUCCUGGAAUUUUGGGUUUCUCCUGGAAUCCUUGCGCUGCUCCCGGAAUUUUUGGCUGCUCCCGGCUGCGAGGACCUGCGGAGGGUCAGAGGCUGCCGGACGUGUCCUGGUGGAGCCGCUGGACAGCGGCGGGAGCUGCGUGUGCCCGGAGCGAGGCCGGCGUGGAUCCGAGAGGAUAUCCCGGAGGAUCUGAGCAGUUAUCCCAGAGGAUCUGAGAGGAUAUCCCAGAGGAUCUCAGCAGUUAUCCUGGAGGAUCUCAGCAGUUUUCCCAGAGGAUCUCAGCAGAUAUCCCAGAGGACAGUGAUAUUCCCGAGCCUGGGAGUGCUCCUGUGCUGGUGCUGUCCCUAUCCUCUGUGACAUUCCCACCCCAGCGUGUCCUUGUCUUGGGUGGGCUCAGCCACAGAUUUGGAGCCCUCAGCGCUGGGAUUUUGGAUUGCUUUCUGUGGAUUUUGGUUUCCUUUCCGAGGAUUUUGGUUUCCUUUCUGGGGAUUUUGGUUUCUUUCCGCGGGCAGCCGUGGGUGGACACCUCGGGGGCUGGCCGAGUGUCCCCGGAGCGGCCGGAGCUGUCCCCGAGCUGUCCCCGAGGCCGCGCCUCUGCCAUGGCCCCGCCGGGCACAGAGUGCUGAAGGUGCCCCCAUCCUGCUGCCAGCCCAGAUGGAAAAACUUGGGCUGCCAAAACCGCCCGGGGGCAGGGCAGAGGGGUCCAUGUGAGCCCUGUGGCCACUGGCCCGCGGGGUGCGAGAGCCCAGCAUGACGGCGUGCCAGCACCCCAUGGCAGCCCUGGAGCGGGACCGGCUGUACCAGCACAAGGUGUCCCUGGUGGUGCGCUACUUCAUGAUCCCCUGCAACAUCUGCCUCAUCCUGCUGGCCACCUCCACGCUGGGCUUCGCCGUGCUGCUCUUCCUCAAUAACUACAAACCCAACAGUUACUUCACACAGACGCCGCCGCCACCGAGGGAUGGGUGCCGGGGGAUGCUCUGUGGCUUCGGGGCCGUGUGCGAGCGCAGCCCCACGGAGCCGGGCCAGGCCUCGUGCGUGUGCCGCAAGGGUCCCUGUGCCCCCGUGGUGGCCCCGGUCUGCGGCUCCGACCACUCCACCUACAGCAACGAGUGCGAGCUGGACAGGGCCCAGUGCAACCAGCAGAGGAGGAUCAAGGUGGUCAGCAAGGGGCCCUGCGGCUCCAAGGACCCCUGUGCAGAGGUGACGUGCAGCUUUGGCAGCAGCUGCGUGCCCUCCCCUGACGGCCAGGCGGCCAAGUGCGUGUGUCCCUCGUCGUGCGGCGGCGUGGCCGAGAGCCCCGUGUGCGGCAGCGACGGCCGCGACUACCGCAGCCUGUGCCACCUGCAGAAGCACGCCUGCGACGCGCAGCAGGACCUCGCCAAGCAGUUCGACGGCCCCUGCGACCCGUGCCAGGGCGUGCCGAGCGAGCCGGGCCGCGUGUGCCGGGUGAACCCCCGGACGCGGCGCGCGGAGCUGCUGCCCCGGCCCGAGGAUUGUCCCCCGGGCAGCGGCCCGGUGUGCGGCGACGACGGCGUCACCUACGAGAGCGAGUGCGCCAUGGGCCGCGCCGGCGCCAUCCGCGGCAUCGACAUCCAGAAGGUGCGCUCGGGGCAGUGCCAGCAGCAGGACCGCUGCAAGGAGGAGUGCAGGUUCAACGCGGUGUGCCUGAACCGGCGCGGGGCCGCGCGCUGCUCCUGCGAGCGCAUCUCCUGCGACGGCGCCUUCCGGCCCCUGUGCGGCGGCGACGGCCGCACCUACGGCAGCGACUGCCAGCGGCGCCGCGCCGAGUGCCUGCGGCAGGCCGGCAUCGCCGUGCGCCACCGCGGGCCCUGCGACCUGGGCGCGCCCAGCCCCUGCCUGAGCGUGGAGUGCUCCUUCGGGGCCACGUGCGUGGUGAAGAACCAGGCGGCCGUGUGCGAGUGCCAGCAGCAGUGCCAGGGCCGCUACGACCCCGUCUGCGGCACCGACCAGCGCACCUACGGCAGCCCCUGCGAGCUGCACGCCAUGGCCUGCCUGCUGCAGAGGGACAUCGGCCUCCGGCACCGCGGGCCCUGCGAGCGCUGCGGGAAGUGCCGCUUCGGUGCCAUCUGCGAGGCGGAGACGGGGCGCUGCGUGUGCCCCACCGAGUGCGUGCCCUCGGCACAGCCCGUCUGCGGCAGCGACGGCAACACCUACGGCAGCGAGUGCGAGCUGCACGUCCGCGCCUGCACCCAGCAGGAAAACAUCCUGGUGGCAGCCCAGGGCCCCUGCAAGCCGUGUGGCAGCUCGCUGUGCUCCUUCGGCGGGCGCUGCGAGGGCGGGCAGUGCCUGUGCCCGCGCUGCGAGCGCCAGCCCCCGGCCCCGGUCUGCGGCUCCGACGGCGUCACCUACCCCAGCCCCUGCCAGCUGCAGGUGGCCUCCUGCCAGCUGCAAAAGAGCAUCCAGGUGGCCAGGACGGGACCCUGCGAGGACGAGUGCGGCUCGGGGGGCUCGGGCUCGGGGGACGGCGGCGAGUGCGAGCAGGAACGGUGCCGGCACUUCGGGGGCUGGUGGGACGAGGACGCCGAGGACGAGCCCUGUGUGUGCGACUUCACCUGCGCGGCUGCGCCCCGCGCCCCGGUGUGCGGCUCUGACGGUGUCACCUACGCCAACGAGUGCCAGCUGAAGAAGACGCGGUGCGAGAAACGCCAGGAGCUCUUUGUCACCAGCCAGGGAGCCUGUCGGGCCCUGGCCACCACCCCACCACCCCUGCUGGCCGUGCACUGCAGCCAGAGCGUCUACGGCUGCUGCCCCGACAACGUCACCGCGGCGCUGGGCGUGGGAGCCGCCGGCUGUCCCAGCUCGUGCCAGUGCAACCCCCACGGCUCGUACGGGGGCUCGUGUGAGCCGGGCUCGGGGCAGUGCUCCUGCAAGCCCGGCGUGGGCGGCCUGCGCUGCGACCGCUGCGAGCCCGGCUUCUGGAACUUCCGCGGCAUCGUCACCGACGGCCGCAGCGGCUGCACGCCAUGCGGCUGUGACCCCGUGGGCUCGGUGCGGGACGACUGCGAGCAGAUGUCGGGGCUGUGCUCGUGCCGCCCGGGCAUCUCGGGCAUGAAGUGCUCGCGGUGCCCCGCGGGCAGCAGCCUGGGCAGCGCCGGCUGCCAGCCCGACCCCUCGACCCCCCGCUCCUGCCAGGAGCUGAGCUGCGAUUUCGGAGCCUCGUGCGUGGAGCUGAACGGCCGCGCCCACUGCGAGUGCCCGUCCCCGCUGUGCCCCGAGGGCAACGCCACCAAGGUGUGUGGCUCUGACGGUGUCACCUACGGGGACCAGUGCCAGCUGCGGACCAUCGCCUGCAGGCAGGGCCAGCACAUCACAGUCAAGCACGUGGGGCAGUGCCAUGAGCCCGUCACCCCCUCGAGCCCCCCGGUGCCCCCCACGCCGCUGCCCACGCUGGCCCCGGACCGGCUGCUGCUGCCCGCGCCCCCUCGGGCCACCCCGCGGGCCCCGGUGGCCACCGGCUCACCACCGCCAGCCCAGCCCACGGAGCGCGGCCACCCCACCACGAGGCACGUGACCACGACGGCCAGGCCGGCCACCACGCCCUGGGUCACCCACGGGGCGCACAGAGCCACCGCCCGCCCGCUGGCCACCGCGCCCGUGCCCGCGGCCACCGGCCAGCCUGGCUCCAGCCAGCCCGGCUCCGGCGAGUCCGGCAGCGCCGAGGGCAGCGGGGACCUGGACAUGGGCACCAGCGGUGACCAGGAGGCCAGCGGGGCAGGAUCAGCUGGUGAGGAGGAGCCGGAUGAGGCCCAGGUGCCACCCACGGCUGCCAUCGAGAGGGCCACGUGCUACAACAGCGCCCUGGGCUGCUGCUCCGACGGCAGAACCGCGGCGGCUGACGGCGACGGCAGCAACUGCCCCGCCACCAAAGUGUUCCAAGGAGUGCUGAUCCUGGAGGAGGUGGAGGGCCAGGAGCUGUUCUACACCCCGGAGAUGGCCGACCCCAAAUCCGAGCUCUUCGGGGAGACGGCGCGGAGCAUCGAGAGCGCGCUGGACGAGCUGUUCCGAGGCUCCGAGGUCAGGAGGGAUUUCCGGAGCGUCCGCGUGCGGGACCUGGGCCAGAGCAGCGCUGUCAGGGUCAUCGUGGAGGCUCACUUCGACCCAGCCACGUCCUACACGGCCGCCGACAUCCAGGGGGCUCUGCUGAAGCAGCUCCGAGCGGCCAGGAGAAAAACCAUCCUGGUGAAGAAGCCCCAGCAGGAGCACAUCAAAUUCAUGGAUUUUGACUGGCUUCCCCGGCUUGUCACCACCACCGUCACCACCACCACGGGCACCACCGCAGCACCGGGCAGCGCCCGCAGGGUGCCCGCGGCCACCGCGGCGCUGGGCCAGCCCGUGGGCAGCCCUGGCCAGCCCGUGGGCACUGCAGGCACCGCCGGCCACCCUGGUCAUCCCGUGGGCACCGUGGGCAGCCCUGGUGAGCCCGUGGGCACCACCGGCACCGCCAGGAGCCCCGCGGGCACCGCCGGCAGCAGCCGCGGCGCGCCGCCCACCGCGCUGCCGCCGGGCACGGCGCCCGCCCCGCCGCCCUGUGCAUCACAGCCCUGCCGGCACGGCGGCACCUGCCGGGACGACGGGCACGGCUUCACCUGCAGCUGCCCCGCGGGCACGGCGGGCACCACCUGCGAGAAAUCCGCGGUGCCGUUCGUGCCGCGUUUCGGGGGCGGCUCGGUGCUGGCGCUGCGGACGCUGCGGGCGUACCACACGCUGCGCGUGGCGCUGGAGUUCCGCGCGCUGGAGCCCGCGGGGCUGCUGCUCUACAACGCCCAGCGCCACGGCAAGGACUUCAUCGCGCUGGCGCUGCGCGGCGGCCUCGUGCAGCUGCGGUUCGACACGGGCUCCGGCACGGGCACCGUCACCAGCCGCGUGCCGGUGGAGCCGGGCCGCUGGCACCGGCUGCUGGUGACACGCAACCGGCGCACGGGCACGUUGGCCGUGGACGGGGAGCCCCCCGUGAGCGGGCACAGCCCCCCGGGCACCGACGGGCUCAACCUGGACACCGAGCUGUUCAUCGGGGGAGUGCCCGAGGAGCACAGGGCGCUGGCGUUCGAGCGCACGGGCGUCGCGGGCGGGCUGCGGGGCUGCGUGCGGGCACUGAGCAUCAACAACCGCGGGCACGAGCUGCGCCCCGGCGCCGCCGACGUCCUCUACGGCAGCGCCGUGGGCGAGUGCGGCACCGAGCCGUGCCAGCCCAACCCCUGCCACCACGGGGGCACCUGCCAGCCCCGGGACGCCGACGCCUUCCAGUGCCAGUGCCCCGAGGCAUACGCGGGCCCCACGUGUGCCCUGGAGCGGAACCCAUGCGAGCCCUCACCGUGCCACGGCUCUGCCACCUGCCAGGUGCUGCCCGGCAGCGGGUUCCUGUGCGCCUGUCCCCUGGGCCGCCACGGGGACCUGUGCCAGCAAGAGUCGGAGCAGGACCCGGCCGUGCCCUUCCUGCCCCAGUUCAGCGGCUCCUCCUACCUGGAGCUCCCAGGGCUGCAGAGCUUCGUGCCCGGCCUGCCCGAUCGGAUGUCGCUGGACCUGGUGCUGCUGGCGCGGCGCCCGCGGGGGCUGAUCCUGUACAACGGGCAGAGGAGCGACGGCGGCGGCGACUUCGUCAGCCUGGCACUGCACGGCGGGCACCUGGAGUUCCGCUUCGACCUGGGCAAGGGGCCCGCCCUGCUCAGGAGCAGGGAGCCGGUGCCGCUGGACACCUGGGUCAGCGUCCGGCUGGAGCGCAGCGGCCGCAAGGGCGUCCUGAGGGUCAACGGUGGCCCCGCGGUGACCGGGGAGUCCCCGAAAUCCCGUAAGGUGCCUCACAUGGUGCUGAACCUGAAGGAGCCGCUCUACCUGGGGGGAGCCCCCGACUUCUCCAGGCUGGCGCGAGCGGCCGCGGUCUCCAGCGGCUUCGAGGGGGCUCUGCAGAAGGUGUUGGUGGACGGCGUGCCGGUGCUGCGGGAGCAGAACGUCCGCGCGGCCCGGCAGGUGGUUCCGUUCCGGGGCCACCCCUGCACCCAGGAGCCCAACCCGUGCCAGCCCGGUGGCACCUGCCAGCCCAGCAUGGCCGGGUACCAGUGCUCCUGCCACGCCGGCUUCGCGGGCGCCCGCUGCGAGAAGGCCAUCAUCGAGAAGGCAGCAGGGGACACCGAGGCCGUGGCCUUCGACGGCCGCACGUACCUGGAGUUCCACAACGCCGUCACCAGGAGCCACCUGAGCAAUGAGAUCCCAGCUCCCGAGGCGCUGGAUUCCCCCUCAGAGCCCAGUGAGAAGGCGCUGCAGUCCAACCACUUCGAGCUGAGCAUCAAGACGGAGGCGACGCAGGGGCUGCUGCUGUGGAGCGGCAAGGGGCUGCAGCGCUCCGACUACAUCGCCCUGGCCAUCGUGGACGGGCACGUGCAGCUCAGCUACGACCUGGGCUCCAAGGGCGUCACCCUGCGCUCCAGCGUGCCCGUCAACACCAACCAGUGGGUGCGCAUCCGCGCCUCCAGGGUGCAGAGGGAAGGCUCCCUGCAGGUUGGCAACGAAGCCCCCAUCGCCGGCUCCUCUCCGCUCGGGGCCACCCAGCUGGACACGGACGGGGCACUGUGGCUGGGCGGGCUGGACAAGCCGAGCGUGCCGCAGCGCCUGCCCAAGGCGUUCAGCACGGGUUUCGUGGGCUGCAUGCGGGACGUGCUGGUGGACCGCCGGGAGCUGCACCUGCAGGAGGACGCCCUGAACCGGCCGCGGAUUUUGCACUGCUCGGCCCAAUAGAGCCCAGGCACCUCCCUCCCCCCUGCCUAUUGCUGUAAUUAUUUUCUAUUUUUGUAAACUUAUUGCUUUUUAUAUUUUUGGGGGGACAGGGAGGGCAGGAACCCCUUUUUGCUUUUGGGUUCUUGGGGCGGCGAGCGGCGGAGCGAAGCUCGGCCGAGGCUCCGAGGAGUGGCACCAGAACUCUCCCACUGCGGCGUCGAUCUUCUUCAUACUUGAAGCUUCUUCGUUCUGGGGUCGUUUUCCCCCUUUUUUGCCUGUUUUUGGGGGGUUUGUCCCCAAAAACAAGCCCGUUUUCCUGUGCGGGGGAAACGCUGCCGGUGCUGGCGAGGCCCUCACGGAUUGACGGGGUGGGAAUUCCCACCCUGCUCCGGGCUCUGGCUCUUCCAAACCUUCUCCUGGCCCCGUGUUCACUGAAUUCCUGCUACCCCCCAUUCCUCUCACUGUAAUUUAUGUGUGUAAGGAUCUCAAGUGCUUUUCUCCUCCGAGCUCUGCUCAAAUCAGGGAUGCCACGCGCUGGAAGGGAGAGAGCCGGGCCCGAGCUUCGCUCCGCGCCCGCCUCGGGACUCUUUGCUGGACUCAGAGGUGCUGGGGAGGCCAAAAUGUGGAUUUUCCCAGCGGUUCUCCUCCUCCUCUUCCUCUCGGACACGUGCAGGAGCAGCUGUGAAACCUCAUUGCCACAUUUUGUGUUCAUCCCAGACGUGUCCUGACCCCUCCCUCGUGCUGGGGAUCGCUUGGAGCUCCUCUCCAGGAGCUGGGAAUUCUCUCCCUCUCCCAAAAGGACCAGGAAAUUCCCUUUUCCCUCCUCAGAGAUCUCCUGGGUGUGUCCUUCCACGCCCCACGGCCUUCUCCAGCCUCUGGCUCCCAGCCUGGCAAGGCAGAGCUGCCACUGAGCCACUCCCACAAAGAAAAUUCGGAAUUUUUCACCUUGGACUUGGAGUUCUUGGGUCUUCCAGGUUCCUCUGGAUGCUGCCAGCCCAGCAGGAAGGGCUCCAACAGGAGCAGCAGCGAGGCUGUGGAGGAUUUGGGGGGAAUUUGAAGCAUUUUCUUCCAGGAAAGGAAAAUUGUGGGGCCAGUUCUGAAGUUUUUGGGGUGUGGCUGCAGGCCGGGAUCCCCUGGAAUGUGGAGAGGAGCAGAUGGGUCCCAGCUCUGGGAGAAAUCCCAUUGGGAUUCCUUCUCCAUGGAAGGAUUUCCUCGUGCUUUGUGGCCUCAGCUGGAAUUUCUCUGUGGAAAAACAACUUUUGGGAAUUCUUCUGCGGGAUCCUGCCGGGUUCUGGGUAGGAAUUCCUGCCCGAGGUGCCAGAAUUUGGCUUUUUUCCCCCUAAAUUUCCACCCCACCUUGCAGGGCACCCUUUGGAAUGGUGUUUUGGCACCAACUUUUGAGCCAAGAAAGGUCAAAUUUCUUCUCUCAGGGUGAGUUCUGAACAAAGGUGAACCAAGAGGGAAAACCUAUGGAAAAACCACUCAGAUCUGCUUUGAUUUCAUUUAUUUGAUUUAAAAAAUAAUAAUAUUCCCAAGCUGUGA